AAUCGACUUUUUUUUCCUUGAACAUUUUUUUUUUGUGCCUUCCAUUCUUUUUCUCCCAAUGUCGUUCUUUCUCCCAAACAAAUUGAAUCCUCAGGGUCAAAAGCUUUUAACUAUUAUCCUGUCUUUGCCUAUCUUUGUCUCCUCCUCUUAUGUUCUUUACAAGCGCUUGGUACUAGAGGAAAAUCCUCGCGGACCUGUCACAAAGAACAAUGAUCUUCUUGCUCAGUAUCAGAAGGACAAAGAGCGAGACUUUCAGCACCAACAACAGCAUCAACAGCAAGAGCAAUAUUCAAACACAUCAUCAUCGCGCAAUAUAUAGGGGAUUCUUAUUAUCAUAAGGAAUAAAUUGUUAU